AUGGCGGACGACUCUUCAAUAGAUAGUGAAAAAAUAAUUUCUUUAGUGGAACAAAAGCCUGUUUUAUGGGAUAAAACUCUGGAACUCUAUAAAAAUCGCGUCUCCACUCGAGCUGCUUGGAAGGAAAUUAUGAUAGUAAUUGAUCCGACUUUUGAGAAAAAGGAAGAAAAAACAAGACAAGCCUUCGUGAAACUGAUUAUUCAGAGGUGGACUCAUAUAAGAGAUAAUUAUAAUCGAUCAUAUAAAAAAAUACAAGAACAGAAGAGGUCAGGAAGUGGCGCCAAAACGGCAAAGCCUUAUGUUUAUAGCAAACAACUAUCCUUUCUGAAGAAAGUAAUAGAACCUAAAGAGACAAUAAGCAAUGUUAUUAGCAAAAAUAACUACACUGAAUCUGAAAACCAGAAAAACAAUUCUGAAGGAAACGAUACAUCGGCAGCAAACUCUAUACAGACACAAGUAAAUAUGGCCACAAUGAGCCCAAUACCUAAAUUUAUACCUAAAAGACCUAUGAAAAAUGCAGUUAAUCCUCUAGAUGCAAAGAUGAUGAAAUUUAUGGAUUCUUAUUCAAAUAAUGAACCUAAAACAAUAAAUAGGCAUCUUUCAUUUUUUAAAGGGAUAAUACCAUCACUAGACAAGUUUGACGAUGACGAAGUCCUAGAAUUCCAAAUGGGAGUGCUGCAAUUAUUGAAGAAUAUUAAAAGCCGUCGUAAUCGUAACAAUAACCAAAUAAAUUAUUGA